GAAUUUUUAGCCUAUUUCUCAGUAAUUUUUAGAAUUCAAUUGUUGAGAUUUGGGAGACUUUCUAUUUUUACACAAAAAUACGAAAUGGGGGGAAAAAAAUCCAAGGGACGAAAAAAUUAAUCAACCAACAAGAUCUGAAUCGGCUUGAUCGAAAUCUCUCCUCUUCCAACUUUCCUUGAAUCGCAAGAAACCCUAUAGGCCUGCAUUUUUUUGAUCAUCUCUCUUUCGUUAAUUUCGGCAAAUCUUGAUCCCAUAAACGCAUUAUCUAGAGAAGCCUCUAAAAUGCUUGAAAUUUAAUAUCUGGGAUCUCUGCGGAAUUUUAAACUCAUUUUGGCCGGAUCGCAAAGUACAUCGAUCCUUUCUUGUUACACAAGGCACCCCUUUAAGAGCAAAUUCAAAGAUGUAAAAGAAAGAGAGAAGCUGGAAAAGGUGAAUACAAAUGGACGAAGUCCAGAAACAAGCAGGUUUAAUCGAAAAAAAGAUAUCUCCGUUUGUAGCUUCACAUCCAACAAACGUCGGAGGAUUAACUGAUCAGAAAAUCACCGGUGGCUCCGAGACGACACAACCUCCAACUACCUCACCUCCUUCUCCUCCAUCCCCAGUCAGUGGCGGCUCACAAUCACCUCCGCCGCCGGUAACGGUUUCUCCACCACCGCCGAACCAACCUUCUAUUGCAACUCCACCUCCAACAACUCCUUCUUCGCCUCCACCUUCUAUAACUCCACCUCCGUCACCUCCUCAGCCUCAACCUCCGCCUCAAUCCGCCCCAGCCGGAGAAUCUCCGGUGGUUAUUCCUUCUCCAAAGCCUCAACUUCCUCUUCCUCCUCCGACCUUAGUUACUCAGCAACCAGAGACAAGACCUAUUGAAAACGGCCGACAACAACCCAACAACCCUAUUUCUCCUCCGCCUCCGCCUUUUACUCCCUUCGCGCCGCCGUUCCUAGAAGAUUCCGGUAGCCAAGAGUCUCCUCCAUUUUCAUCUCCAUCGCCUCCGGUUGUCCCACUAAGCCCUAAUUCCCCAAGAAACCCUUCACAGCCGUUGGAUUCACCUCCGGUAGGUGGAUCAAAUCUUGUGCCCUCGUCUUCUACCUCUUCCCCGUCUCCUCCUUCCCUAUCUGGCUCCGAUAACCAGUCCGGAGGUUCUAAUAGAAAUAAUGCGAAUAACAACGUAAAUGAUGGUAGUGGACAACACAACAAUGAAUCUAACUACACCGAAAAGACAAUGAUCGGUAUUGGGAUCGCAGGUAUCUUGGUCGUUAUCUUCAUUGCUGUCGUUUUCUUCUUUAGGAGGAAACGCAAGAACUCUUCUUCGCCUCGGUCUAACCAGCAGUAUUUGCCACCGGCUAAUGUCUCCGUUAACACAGAUGGAUUCAUUCACUACAGGCAAAAACCCGGAAACGGGAACAGCUCGGCGCAGAACUCUUCACCGGAUACUAAUAACAGUUUGGGAAAUCCAAAACCGACUCAUGACUCGGCAGUAAUAGGGACUGCGAAGACCCUAUUCAGCUACGAGGAGCUGAGCCAGAUAACGGAAGGGUUUUGCAAGAGAUUCGUCAUAGGAGAAGGCGGGUUCGGGUGCGUAUUCAAGGGCAUCCUUUGCGACGGAAAGCCAAUCGCCAUCAAACAGCUAAAGUCCAUCAGCGCAGAAGGAUAUAGAGAGUUCAAAGCUGAAGUAGAGAUCAUAAGCAGAGUGCAUCAUAAGCACUUGGUGUCUCUUGUGGGUUAUUGCAUCUCUGAGCAACAUAGAUUCCUCAUCUAUGAGUUUGUCCCCAACAAUACUUUGGAUUACCAUUUGCAUGGCAAAGACUUACCGGUUUUGGAAUGGACUAGAAGAGUCAAGAUUGCAAUAGGCGCAGCCAAAGGCCUUGCUUAUCUACAUGAAGAUUGUCAUCCGAAGAUUAUCCAUAGGGACAUCAAAUCGUCAAAUAUUCUGUUGGAUGAUGAAUAUGAAGCUCAGGCAAAGUCAAUAUUUAAAUUUGUUGCAGAUUUUGGACUCGCCAGACUGAACGAUACUGCACAGUCCCACAUAUCGACACGAGUCAUGGGCACAUUUGGGUAUUUAGCGCCAGAAUAUGCGUCGAGCGGAAAGCUAACGGACAGAUCAGAUGUGUUUUCAUUUGGAGUCGUGCUUCUCGAACUCAUCACCGGUCGCAAACCCGUUGACACCUCUCAACCUUUGGGUGAAGAAAGUCUCGUUGAAUGGGCACGUCCACGGCUAAUCGAGGCCAUUGAAAAGGGUGACAUAAGCGAAGUAGUGGAUCCACGGCUGGAAAAGCAUUACGUUGAAGGCGAAGUCUACAGGAUGAUCGAAACGGCAGCGUCUUGUGUAAGGCAUUCAGCUCUAAAACGACCUCGUAUGGUUCAGGUGGUGAGAGCGCUGGACACGAUAGACGAUUUGACAAACGGAGUCAAAGUGGGUCAAAGUACGGUGUAUAACUCUGGUCAAUACAGCAAUGAGAUUCGUAUCUUCAGAAGAGCAUCUGAAGAUUCCUCUGAUUUCGGUACUAACAACGCCUACUACACGAACACGAGCCAAGACUACACAAGCCGCGAAUCUGAGAGCCGAGCCUUCAACACAUCUCACCGAACAACAAACCACUGAUUCUAUCGAUUCGCUGGACCCUUUAGAAAUUUUGUGACGAUCUUAACGAACUCUAAAUCCAAUACCAAGAAGAAUGUAUAGUUUCAAACAUGUACAUUUGUCGCAAAAAAAAAAGGCUUGUGAGACUAAUUAAAAUCUUAACUCAAUAGUGAUUUAUUUUUUAACUCACUUUAUC